GUCAUAGUGUCGUAGUUGUACCUUUCUUCCAAUCAAAGAAUUCUGACUAUGUUUUUGUUUGGUUGUUGCAGACAAAUUCAAGGCCUCAAAUUUUACACAAAUAUCAAAUCAAGUCAACCUGCUUUUUCAGAGGUCUACUUAAAACAAUUUCACCUGUUCAUUUACGCCAAAUUUCCUCUAAUUUUCCGGUAAAGAAAGAUAGAAAUCUUGCACUAAAAUUGAAGAUAGUUUUCAUAAAUAUCUGGUGUUUCAAGAUUUUUUGCAGAUCGAAAACUGGUACAUCACUUCAUCUAUUGCCCACGUGUGUGCAAACGUCGGGAACUUGCCGUCGCUAUCUUUCAGGUUGGAUUUCUGAAACUGAAAUCUCAUUUUUGAAUUUAAUGAUGAGAUGAGAUUGUGAUGAAGUGAGAAGAAAUGGAGGAGCAUGGAGGAGAAGAAAACAAAAUAUGUGAGGAGGGAGGAAAGAAGUGGAACGACGACGUUUUGGUGGCGAUAAAGGAGGAUAGUGGUAGCAAGAGAGAGAAAUUGUGCAGAAUUUGCCAUUUCAGCGAUGAUGAAUCUUCAGGUGAGUCUCAACUUAUGACGCUAGGCUGUGAUUGCAGAGGAGAGCUCGGUGUUUCGCAUCCUAACUGCGCCGCCCUCUGGUUUUCGCGCAAGGGAAACGGAGUAUGUGAAAUAUGUGGGAAAAGCGCGAAAAAUAUAAAUCUGAGCAACAGCGAAGCAGUGGAGAACGCAAUGUUGAGGAUGGAGAUGAAUGAGAUCCGGAUGGUAAUAGAAGCCAUAGACAGCUCGAAUGAGAGCAGCCGACGUUGUAAGAUGUCUUUCUGCAAUUUCUUGCUGGCUUGCCUUCUUCUUGCAUUCCUUCUGCCAUGGUUUUUUCGAGGAAUCGACAUGCUCUGAUACUUCCUUCUUUAUGGCUAACCACACGCCAUUUCGGAUUAGGGCUCCAGAUUCAUCAUUCUUUGGAAUACAAUCGUUGUUCAUGCCGAACUUAAUUUGCGCCAUCAUGUAAUCUAAUAUUUGCAUAAUGAAACACUAGCAACUCUAUAUAUUUUUAAAA